AUGAAAUCUGCUAUUCUCCUCUCGCUCAUCCCUAGUGCGCUGGGUACUAUCUACCUUGCUGGUGACUCGACCAUGGCAAAGGGUGGGACUGGAUCUGGCACAGCGGGUUGGGGUGAAUAUGUUACUCCCUAUACCUCACUCACUGUGUCCAAUCAAGCUGUCGCCGGCCGCAGCGCACGGUCAUACACGCGUGAGGGUCGGUUCGAUGCCAUUACAGCAGUGGUCCAGUCUGGAGAUUGGGUAAUCAUCGAGUUCGGGCACAAUGACGGUGGCUCUCUGACUCCCACUGAUAACGGGCGUACCGACUGUGGUGGCACAGGAAGCGAGACCUGCAGCACAAUCUACAACGGGGUCGCCGAAACAGUGUUGACAUUCCCGGCAUAUGUAGAGAAUGCCACCAAGGUAUUCAAGGCCAAGGGCGCGAAUGUGAUCAUCUCGAGUCAGACACCCAACAAUCCCUGGGAAACCGGAACCUUCACCUAUGCCCCGUCGCGGUUUGUGGGCUAUGCGCAGGUGGCAGCUGCAGCCGCUGGCGUGCCCUAUGUUGACCACGGGGCUUAUGUGGCAGAUCGGUUCAAGACACUGGGCCUGACUGCUGUCGAUGCGUACUUCCCCUUGGACCACACGCACACCAGUACCGCCGGUGCAUCGGUAGUGGCUCAGGCUUUUUUCAAGGCUGUGGUUUGUGGGAAUGUUGCGCUGAAGGGUUCUCUCAGCACUACUUCUUUCCCUGGUUCUUGCCUUUAG